AUGAGGCAGACGGGUGGAAGAUGGUUCCACCAUAACUUAACUGGAUUAGAAGCUGAAAAACUGUUAACCCUAAAAGGUGUUAGUGGUAGCUUUCUUGCUCGUCCUAGUCAUAGCACGCCGGGAAGCUUCACACUUUCAGUUCGUCGAGGUGAUGAAGUUACACACAUCCGUAUACAGAACACAGAAGAAUUCCUAGACUUAUAUGGUGGAGAAAAGUUUGCCACAUUGUCGGAGUUAGUUACAUACUAUAUGGAGAAUGAGGGUCAACUCAGAGAGAAAAAUGGUGAUAUUAUUGAACUCAAGUAUCCACUCAUUUCUGAGGACCCUACUACAGAACGUUGGUUUCACGGCAAAAUUACAGGGAAAGAAGCUGAGAAGAUGCUUCUAGAACGAGGGAAGCCAGAUUGCUUUUUGGUUCGUGAAUCUGUUCACAGACCAGGUUCUUAUGUCCUGUCAGUUUUGACAGGAGAACAAGUGGCACAUAUUAUGAUACAUGGGAAACCAAAUGGAAUGUAUGAUGUUGGUGGAGGACAUCAGUUUUCCUCUUUAAAGGAGUUAAUCGACUUUUACACAAACACACCUAUGGUCGAGAAAAAUGGAGGAUUAGUUUCACUGAAACAGCCUUUCAAUGCUACUCGAUUUAACGUUUCCACCAUUGAUCAGCGCAUGCGUCAGUUAGAACAAGAAAAUGGUCAUGGUUCAGGUUUGGCCGGAUUUUUGGAGGAAUUUGAAGAGUUGCAUCAGGAGGCUCAUUUAAAAAAUAAUCCACGCGUCGAAGGAUACCAGUCUUAUAACCGUGACAAGAAUCGUUAUAAACAUAUUCUUCCAUUUGAUUGGUCUCAAGUCAAACUCCUUGAUGGUGAUCCGAAUGAACCAGGUUCUGAUUACAUCAAUGCGAAUUAUAUUUCUUGGCCUGUUCACCUAACCGAAUCUCUGUCAAAUGGGAACUGUCCUUUCGGCGGUAGUUUGAAUAUAAAGUAUCAGUCGAACUCUCCAGUUUUUGAUUUAAAUAACAACAUGCAUUGUACUACUGCAGUCACUAGUUCGUCUGUUCCUCAUCCGAGCUCGAAUAAUUGUGCUGCUUUCUUCUUCAACGGAAAGCCACGUUACAUAGCCACGCAAGGAGCCGUUGCUAAUUCACAGGAUGCGUUUUGGCGUAUGAUAUGGCAAGAAAAAAGCUCUGUCAUAGUUAUGAUUACAAAGAUAAUGGAGCGUGGCAGAAAUAAAUGCAUCCGUUAUUGGCCAACUGCAGAAGAAGGUACACGGGAAUUUCCAUGUUACGGAGGUACAAUUCGUGUUCGACAUCUGUCUGAAAGAAAUUCCGUUAAUUACACACUACGAGAACUUUAUCUAACCAGAGAGUCUACUACAACGAAUAAAAAGUCAGAGAACACUGUUAAUCAGACUAAUGCUUCUGCUGUUGGUAAACCUACUGGUCCUAGUGCUGUAUGUGACACUUCAUCAUGUGACCAGAAUAGUUGUGAGUCGGACAGUACAAAAAUGCAUCAGUUGGACAGCACCACAGCCACAAAUGUAAAUUCUGAUUUUGCUUCUAAUCAAGUCAAUACAGAAGAUGGAUUCACAGUUUAUCACUAUCAUUUCACUGUGUGGCCUGAUCAUGGGACUCCAAGCGAUCCUUCCUGUGUGUUAGAUUUUAUGCACGAUAUAUCUGCUCGACAGGACAGUAUUCCUGGCUCUGGACCAAUUAUUGUCCACUGUAGCGCUGGUAUUGGACGCACUGGAGCAUUCAUUGUAAUUGACAUGCUUAUUAAUUACAUAAAAACGAUGGGACUUAAUUGUGAUAUAGAUAUAUCUCGUACAAUACAAGCUGUUCGGGAACAACGUUCUGGAAUGGUUCAAACUGAAACACAAUACAGGUUUAUCUACAAAGCUGUUCAGCAGUAUGUGAACACCAUGUCCAAACGUAUACAAAUGGAUAAUGAUCUUCGUCGUACUGGAAGGGAUUACACGAAUAUUAAUCGUGCUGCAGAUGAUAUUGGUGUUAUUGGAACAGCAGCUGUUUCUCUUUUUCCAUCAAUUUGCUCGUCAUCUGGAACCAGUUCCGAACAGCAAUCCACAGCGCCGAAUUUGACUUCUUCCACAAAUGCGAACUCAUCAUCAGUUUCCACUUCCAAUAGACCAUGUAGUUGUCCUAUUCAUUCGUGUUCUCAGCGAAGACAAAUAUCAAAUCAAAAUAUACCUCAGAGUUCUAAUCACCCUUCAAACUGUUCUCAAACUGUUACUUCAUCUGCCACAUUGCCAUGUACACCUCCAGCUGUUUCUGUUUCGUCCCGUACCUCAGAAUCUAUAACAAGUGGCUUUUUCCAUCGCUUAGCUGGACCUAGUCGUUCCCGCACAAAGUUUUAA